CUCUUCUGCAUUGCAAGUCGAAGUCUGAGCGUCUCAUUCCCCUUUCUUCCAAAAUGGCUGAAGCGACAUUGCAAGAAGCCGCGGCUGUCUUUAAGCGACUCCGCCUCAAGACUGAGAACAAGCAUUGCUUCGACUGCGACGCCAAGAACUGCACGUGGGCGUCCCCCAAGUACGGCAUCUUUAUCUGCAUUGACUGCGCCGCAACGCACCGCUCACUCGGCGUCCACCUGACGUUCGUUCGUUCGACCGACCUCGAUCGAUGGACUUGGCUCCAGCUUCAUUGCAUGCACAUUGGUGGCAACGCAGCCGCUGAACAGUUCUUCCGCCAACAUGGGUGUUCGAGCAAGGACGCACAGCAAAAGUACAACAGCCGCGCUGCAACUCUUUACCGUGAAAAGAUUGCGACGCUCGCGGCUCAAGAGCAAAAGCUCCACGGAGAUAAGAUUGUGUUUGAGAACGUCCAUGAGCCUGAAAAGCAGGAAGUCGACUUUUUCGACCCUUCCCACCACUCGUCGGCUCCUCGCUCGCGCGAAUCCCCCGCCCUUGGCGCAAGUGCCAACCCGCUGGGCGAUCUGUCCGCUCUCAGUCGGUCUGGCACGGGCUCGCCCGCCCCUGCUCCUGCUGCCGGAGAAGCCGAAGCCCGACCCACCUUGAAUGUCAACCUGACGCACGACGGAACCGCUGGUCCCGCUUCGGGCAGCCUGCUUGCCAAACCGAAGGCUUCUUCCGGCUUGGGUGCCAAAAAGUCGGGUGGCCUCGGUGCCAAGAAGGUGGUUGCCAAUUUUGACGAGAUUGAAUCUCAAAUCAAAGUGCAAGAAGCCCAGGCAGCCAAGUUUGCCGCAGAGAUGGCCGCCAUGCCGCCAGCCGUCGCUGCUGCCGCUGCAGCUGCAUCGUCGGAACCGACGUCGUCGCGUUUGACUUACGAUAACAAGCCAAAGACGCUCACGGCUGAGCAGCAACAAAAUGUCGAUCGUCUCGGCAUGGGCGCUGGACGCAUGAAUUUUGGCGGUAAUGUGCAAAGUCACUCUGCUUCGUCGUCCAUGACGGUGGUGCACCAGGAAAAGACGGAGAGCGACUAUCGCCCAAACUCCAGCGUCUAUCUCGAUUCUCUGGAAAGCAACCGGUUUGGUGGGUCGCGGUUUGACAGCUUUGGCGGCCAAGGCGGGUUUGACAGUUAUGGUCAGAGCGCCAAUUCGUUUGGCUCCUCCAACUUUGGGUAUGCGUCCGAGCCCAAGCGAAAUGACUUUUUCGACUCGUUCGAGCGAGUGGAACGCGGCGGCUUUGGCGGGCAGUCAAACUCGUCCAACCGCGGUACCGGAUUCGGGGGCAACUCUGGCAGCAGCAACACGGGCAACUCCUUUGCCAACCCGUCGUUUGGUAACAACUCGAGCUCAUUCGGAAACAACGCGAGCUCGUUUGGAGGAAACAGUUCGUUUGGCGGAAACUCCUCGUUCGGGGGCAACAGCUCGUUUGGCGGCAACAACAGCAGCAGCAGCAGCAACAACAACAACAACAGCAACUCGUUCGCUGCAAGCGGUAAUUCGUUUGGCGGCAGCUCGUUCGGUGGCAACGGUAGCUCAUUUGGCGGCAACAGCGGGGGUAACGCCUCUUCGUUUGGCAACUCCUCCUUUGGCGGACCUGCCAACAAUUCGUCUAGCUCUGGAUUUAGCGAUGGCGACUCUGCGUCCAAGCGCUUUGCAGGAGCCAAGUCCAUCUCGUCGGACGCAUACUUUGGCCGGUCGGGCUCGGCUGGUGGUGAUGAUGGCAAUCGCGGCAGCUCGCAGCGCUUUGCUGGUCAGACCUCCAUUUCGAGCGAUCAGUACUUUGGUCGCGAGCCGCAGCGAUCAGGCAACUCGAGCCACACGUUUUCCGAUCAACUCAGCAGCGACAUGGAUCGUCUGAAGGUUGGCGCGUCCAAGCUUGCCGACAAGUUGACUGGCAUCUACCAUGAUAUUCAAGACAAGUAUGGCGCAUGAUGUUUGCAAAGUCAACGAGGAUGCUCGUUCUUUGUCUAUUUUUUUUUUUUCUGUUCUUUGUGUAUGAGAAGGAUUUGAUUGUUGUGCAUUUUUGUACUUGCAUUUACCACAAUUGCAACAAGUCACGUUCGAUGCGC